ACUUCCUCUCUUCUGUCUCUGAGACACUCUGUCUCUGUCUGGAGAAUGAGGUCCUUGAAGCACCUGAAACAUCACAACAGGAAGAAUGUGGAGGAAGCCAGCAGGCGCCUGGUUAGAUGUGAGCCCAGGGAGAUGGCCAGACAGGUUGAUUCUGGCACUCAGACUGAUCCUGUGGUGGUUCUGUCUCUAGCCCAGGCUGCUGUUCUGGGGCUCAUCUCUCAGAAUGAGGUGUUUGGUGCUACCAUCGCUCCUAAUGGCUUCUACACAGGAGAACCUAAAGAGUCCCCUGCCCUACCUGUAGAGGGGGUGGAUUACGAAUACGCUGAUCAGCUGAUAGGAGCUAACGGAGAUUACCUGGGAGAAAACCUGCCUGAAGACGGCCACAUGCAGCCCAGCUGUAGCCAGAGGAGGUGGCACGGACCACCCCCCGAGGGGAAGAUGGUAGGACCCGAGCGCCAUGCUGGAGUGCCUGUGGACGGGUCAUCCCAAGUGAAAGGAGAAGGGGUUAUCACUGGCCUGACGUCCUGUGUUCACAUGCUGAACAACCUGGCUACUACUAGAGGGGGAUUGGUCCAGGUUGACCCCGCCUCUCUCCGUGCCGCCGCCCAAAAAGGCUGUGCCGAGUGUGACAGAGACAUGUCCAGCCAGCAGGCUAACACACACCCUCACACACACUCCCAGGCAGGGCACAGCCAUAAAGGGGAGCCGGGGCAUCGAGGCCUGCAGGGGCAGAGGGGGCAUCAGGAGAGAGCAAGGGAGGAGGAGGAGGAGGAGGGAGAGCAGGGAAACAGCCUGAUGAAAGGAGGACAGGAGGAGACUAUCAGCAGCUACUUCCAGUCCAGCGAGGUGGGGGGGUACGAGGGUGGGGAGAUCUACCAUGAGAACAGCCAGGGUAUGAUGUGGGGCAACCAGCUGGAGCAGGGGGUAGGGGGAAGAGGAGGAGCAGGAGCAGGAAGAGGAGGGACCCAUCGUCACCACGGCCGGAGGGUUGACCGUCUAGACAUCAACAUCCAGAUAGAUGAGUCGUACUGCGUGGACAUGGGGGAGGGGCUGAAGAGAUGGAAGUGCCGUAUGUGUGAAAAGUCUUACACCUCCAAGUACAACCUGGUAACUCACAUCCUGGGUCACCAGGGCAUCAAGCCCCACGCCUGCCCCCACUGUGGGAAGCUGUUUAAGCAGCCCAGCCACCUGCAGACCCACCUGCUCACCCACCAGGGAACUAGGCCUCAUAAAUGCACCGUGUGUAAGAAGGGCUUCACCCAGACCUCCCACCUGAAGAGACACAUGCUGCAGCACACCGACGUCAAACCUUACAGCUGCCGCUUCUGUCGCCGUGGCUUCGCCUACCCCAGCGAGCUCCGCGCCCACGAGACCAAACACGAGCGCGGGCGCUGCCACGUGUGUUCCCAGUGUGGCAUGGAGUUCCCCACCUACGCCCAUCUGAAGCGCCACCAGACCAGCCACCAGGGACCAACUACUUACCAGUGUACAGAGUGCAACAAGUCCUUCACCUACCGCAGCCAGCUGCAGAACCAUCUCCUGAAACACCAGAGUCCUCGGCCAUAUUCCUGUUCCCACUGUGGGCUGGAGUUUGUCCAGCUGCACCACCUCCGCCAGCACGCCCUCACACACAAGGGAAUGAAGGGUCAUAAGUGUGAGGUGUGUUCCCGUGAGUUCACCUUGUCAGCCAACCUGAAGAGACACAUGUUGAUCCACAACAGCAUCAGACCCUUCCAGUGUCACAUCUGCUUCAAGAGCUUCAUCCAGAAACAGACGCCAACGCACUAACCCACCUGCCCCAAACCCUUCAAAUGCAAGGUGUGCGGGAAGUCGUUCAACAGAAUGUACAACCUGCUGGGUCACAUGCACCUCCACGCCGGCUCCAAACCCUUCAAGUGUCCUUACUGCUCCUCCAAGUUUAACCUGAAGGGGAACCUCAGCCGACACAUGAAGGUCAAACACGGCAUGGACAUCUCACCUGACGGACAAGAUGCUCUUCCUGGGAUGGAGGGCCAGGGCCACUAUGAGGAGGACAACUUUGACUUUGGGACCUCAGGGGCAAACAACAACAUGGAUAAUGGAGGCUCCCAGAACCUCACCAAGCUCACCACGGCCAACAUGGACGACAUGGACAACUAUUACAACUUUGGGAAGGAUACAGCUAACUACAACACGUCUUGAGCAGCAGGAGAAUAGUGUUAAUGGACUACAGACCAUUAGACACCAUGGAUUAAUGGAGAAGAGACCAUGGGUUAAUGGUGGACUAACUGCAGACCAUUGGUCAAUGGUGAACUAACUACAGACCAUGGGUUAUUGGUGGACUAACUACAGACCAUGGGUUAUUGGUGGACUAACUACAGACCAUGGGUUAUUGGUGGACUAACUACAGACCAUGGGAAAACAGAAAGGAAAAUGUCACACUGCUGCUCAUGCUCCCAGCUGAUAUUUAUUUAUAAUGUUUCCACCCUUAGGUCUUCAUCAGGUAUCCAGGACCUAAUGGUGGAAACAUUGUUAUAAAUAAAUAUCUGGUAGCACGAGCAGCAGUGUGACGUUUUCCUUUCUGUUUUCCAUGAGUUUACCUAGAACUCCAGCACCUGUGGAGACAACAUGGCUGCCGUGCUGUGGCAGUGAGAGAGACUGGGUUAGAGCGUGCUGUGGCAGUGAGAGAGACUGGGUUAGGGCGUGCUGUGGCAGUGAGACUAGGUUAGGGCGUGCUGUGGCAGUGAGAGAGACUAGGUUAGGGCGUGCUGUGGCAGUGAGACACAGAGGGGGGGUCAUGGACACUUUAAGAACCAGAACUGACCUGUCCUGAUGGAGGGGCAGGACAUGCACUUCAACAGCCAAUUCGCUCCACCCGUCUCUGAUAGGAGUGACUCUGAGACUGACGAUUGGGUCUAGGAGUCCUUUGGGAUAUUCUACCAGACAUGAUUGGUCUAGAAGUCUUUGGGAUAUUCUACCAGACAUGAUUGGUCUAGAAGUCUUUGGGAUAUUCUACCAGACAUGAUUGGUCUAGAAGUCUUUGGGAUAUUCUACCAGACAUGAUUGGUCUAGAAGUCUUUGGGAUAUUCUACCAGACAUGAUUGGUCUAGAAGUCUUUGGGAUAUUCUACCAGACAUGAUUGGUCUAGAAGUCCUUGGGAUAUUCUAUCAGACAUAUAGUGACAGAUCUAAACUCUGAUACGUUGUGGUAUGGAACUGUAUCAGCACUCAGAAAUCAGUUUUACACAGAAACAUCUUACCUGCCAUGGAAUCAUUCACCAAUCAGUAUGUUUUGACAGAAGGCCGUGCCAGAUGCAGUAUAACUCUGAUCUUAGAUCCAACUAGACACACUGUAUACAGCGCCUUCAGAAAGUCUUCACACCCCUGGACUUUUUACACAUGUUGUGUUACAGCCUGAAUUUAAAAUGGAUUCAAUGUCACUGGUCUACACACAAUAAUACCCCAUAAUGUCAAGGUGAAUUUAUGUUUGUAGAAUUUUUUUUAUGAGAAGCUAAAAUGUCUUGAGUCAGUAAGUAUUCAACCCCUUUAUUAUGGCCAGCCUAAAUAAGUUCAGGAAUACACAUUUGCUUACCAAGUUGCAUGGACUCAGUCUGUGUGCAAUAAUACUGUUUAGCAUGUUUCUUGAAUGACUACCUUAUCUCUGUACCCCACACAUACAGAUAAUUGUAAGGUCCCUCAGUCGAGCAGUGAAUUUCAAACACAGAUACAACCACAAAGACCAGAGAGGUUUUCCAAUGCCUUGCAAAGAAGGGCACCUAUUGGUAGAUGGGUCAAAUAAAAAAGCAGACAUUGAUUAUC